AUGUUCAGCCAGGUCCUCGUAUGCUACUAUACAAUACCGGGGGACCUGAACACGUCGUGGGAGCUCAGUCCGUCGCACAUUGACCCUCAUAUUUGUACGCAUAUUAUCGUGGGUUUUGCGGGCGUGGUGAACAGCACGCUCGACAUAGGCGACAGCGCGCCGGUGUACGAGCGAGUGGUUGCUUUAAAAAAUCUCGAACCUAACUUGAAGGUCAUGAUCAGCGCCGGCGGAAACAAUGAGCUCCAAUCCGGUUUCUCCGAGAUGGUGAAAAAUCACACCAAUAGAAAAAAGUUUAUCCAAUCAGUAUUAAAUGUGAUCAAAACCUUCCGUUUGGACGGCUUCGACGUUGACUGGGAGUUUCCAGCCUGGUUAGGGGCGGAUAAUCGCGAGAAGAUACACUUUGUGCAGCUGUUGCAAGAAAUGCGAAAGGAAUUCGAUCGCAGCGGACAAAAGCUGAUCUUAACAGUAGCAGUCGCAGCGCCGCAGGCAAUUGUGGAUCAGAGUUACAGUAUUCCUGAAAUGGCAGAGCACAUUGAUUUUAUAAAUCUCAUGUC